AUGAGUCCCACCCUGUAGCUUGUGGCGACCAAUGAAACUGCGAUGUCUGGAUUCCACGAGCCAAUGCCGACGCUGCUCUCAGAUAGGGACUUCCUGGUUUGACCUGGUUUGUUUUGCUCCAUCGACCAUGGCCGCCGAGGGAGAUUUCCUAGCGAGAUAUCGAGCUGUGUCAAAUAAACUGAAGAAGCGUUUUCUUCGCAAGCCAAAUGUAGCAGAGGCGAGUGAACAGUUUGGCCAGCUAGCGAAAGAGCUGAAGCAGCAGGAGUGUCUGCAGUAUGCUGCCUUCUGUAACCUGGCCAUGGCUCGGUGUGAGCAGACUCUGUUUAAUGCUCCUGGAGAGGCCUUGGCAUUAACUGAUGCUGCCCGCCUCUUUCUCUUGUCUGAGAAGGAGAACAGGGCCCUGCAGGCCCCGGGCUUUGAUGAGCACCUUCAGGCUGCACUUAACUGUUACAGCUUUGCAAUUAAGGUGUUCAUUGAGAUGAACCAGCCUGUGAUGGCUGCGAGUCUGUGUCUAGAACUUGGAAAUGCACUCAAGGAGAUGAACAGACCAGGAGAGGCCAUCGUUCAUUAUCAGAGAGCUGCAGAGUUGCAGACGCAGACACCGAUUGAAGCUCUGCUGUCAAUGGGAGAAAUAGCAACGUGUAAAAUUCUCACCCGUGACUAUGAUGGUGCUUUGUCGAUGUUCACGGAGAUGCAGCUUGUGUGUCAGGAGAGAGGACUGCAGCUACCAGGCACCAGCACCCCUGUUGGUGCAUUUCUGGAUAUUGUGGCAAAAUGUGAGAUCUCCAGAGUACUGCUGCUGAUGCUGUUAGAGCCUCCACCUCAGAAGUUGUUACCAGAACAUGCACAGACCCUGGAGAGAUACGCAUGGGAGUCCUUUGACCCUCACAGUCAAGUGACCUUCCUGCCUGAGAAUGUUUUCCUGCUCUUGCAGUCAGUAGUGAUGGCAUGUCAGGAGAAAGAUACCGAGUCCCUGAAGUCUCUUCAGACUGAGCUGUGGCCAUAUCUGGCAGCUGAGCAGAAUCACCUUCUCCACCUGGUGGUUCAGGAGCGCAUCACGCCGUCUGGCCAAGGCAUUUAGUACAGUCCAGUUUCUUUUACUAACUUCCUCUGGGAACAAUACUUCACAUAAUGGAACAUUCCUGUUUCUGACUGGGUCUGUUGUAAGACCUGAAGAAGUGUUGCUUAUAAAACUUCUGUGAUGGAACUUGCACUCGACACAAAUGCACACUCUACAAAACCCUGCCCUUGUUAUUUAGAAAAGUAUCUUUGUCGAGAAAUGAGUGUUGUCUGUUGUUAUUCUGAUGUGAAGAUGUUUGUCACAAUAUAACUUAAGACUGAAUUUAAAUUGUUUAAAGUGAAAUUCUAUGUGCUCUAACUUGAGGGAAGGCUACAAAACUGGACGAAUCUUACACAUGUAUUACGCAAUAGUGACCGUUUUGAUUUUGUUGUAUUUAUAGCAGUUCAAUAGAAGAAACAUGGAUGCCUUGAGUUAUUUGUUUUUAUUAAUAAAUGAUAUGGCUUUUAUUCCAAUGUAAUUACAAACAAAACCUUCUAUUGUAUAGUUCUGUAAUAUGGUGAAAUAAACCACCAUUGUCCUCCA